AUGGUGGGCACCCACUACCUCCAAAGACAAGUGACGUUCCAAAGAACGACGGCUGGGGGACUGGUUGGAGGCAGGGCGUCAGGUGCCAUGAUGAAUGUACGCUUGGAUGACGAAGGUGGCACGGCUGAUGUAUACGUCAAGGCAGAGCUCCAUUCCCAGGGGAUUGUGCAGAUUGACCCCCAGGAGAUGCCGCUCAAUCUGCCAAAGCCGAGCGAGCUCGAGGUUUACGAGGUGCCUGUUGAAGUCAAUGGGGAUUCGGCCUUGGCGGCUGAGCGUAGGUACAGCACGUGUAUGGAGAUGACACCGUGA